UUUUGGACACCCUGAGGAUUGGAGCUGGCUUUGCGGCCAUGUGUGCAUGCUAAUGGGUGGUUGAAGACGCAGGAUCUGUCACCUAACCUGUUCAGUACUCUUAGGGUAGUAAUCUGCACAAAACUCGAAAGCCCUGCUUGAGACCUGCUGACAUAGUUUUUCUGGACGCUUUCAUUUAUUUCAUGGAACCCAACUGAGAUGAGUACGAGUCUCAUUUUCGAUUUCAACGCCCUAAGUAUUCGUGGACGUCUGCCUCUGCCUUAACACCACGCUAGACGCUGUAGGCAAGACAGAAGUUAUUCCGUGUCAGUAAUUAAUCCAUAAAGUGCCAACAUGGGAAAGAAACGGACAAAGGGAAAAACUGUUUCAACUGAUGAUUCUUCUGAAAUUUUAGAACCUAUAUGCAAACAUCUUAGAAAAGGACUGGAACAAAGUAAUCUGAAAAAGAAUUUAGUGAAUGUGGAAUGGAAUAUUUGCCAAGAUUGUAAGACGGACAAUAAAGUAAAAGAUAAAUCUGAAGAAGAAUCGGAAGAAAACCCUUCAGUUUGGCUUUGUCUUAAGUGUGGCCAUCAGGGCUGUGGUAGAAAUUCUCAGGAGCAGCAUGCCUUGAAGCACUAUAUGACACCAAGAUCAGAACCUCAUUGUUUGGUCCUUAAUUUGGACAACUGGAGUGUAUGGUGUUACAUAUGUGAUGAAGAAGUACAGUAUUGUAGUUCAAAUCGUUUGGGUCAGGUGGUUGAUUAUCUUAGAAAACAAGCUGGUAUUGCCACUUCAAAACCAGCAGCAAAAGAUACUGGGAAUAUGGAACUUGAAAAUAAAAAAUUAGAAAAGGAGAGUAAAAAUGAACAAGAGAGAGAAAAAAAGGAAAACAUGACUAAAGAAAAUCAUUCCAUGAAUUCUCCUCAAAUAACUGUUAAAGGACUCAGUAAUUUGGGAAACACUUGUUUCUUCAAUGCGGUUAUGCAGAAUUUGUCACAAACACCAGUGCUUAGAGAACUACUAAAAGAAGUGAAAAUGUCUGGAACAAUUGUAAAAAUUGAACCUCCUGAUUUAGCACUAACAGAACCAUUAGAAAUAAACCUUGAGCCUCCUGGCCCUCUUACUUUAGCUAUGAGCCAGUUUCUUAAUGAGAUGCAAGAAACCAAAAAGGGAAUCGUGACUCCUAAAGAACUCUUUUCUCAGGUCUGUAAAAAAGCAGUGCGCUUUAAGGGCUAUCAACAGCAGGAUAGCCAGGAGUUACUUCGUUACUUGUUGGAUGGAAUGAGAGCAGAAGAACACCAAAGAGUGAGUAAAGGAAUUCUCAAGGCAUUUGGUAAUGGUACUGAAAAGUUGGAUGAAGAACUAAAAAAUAAAGUUAAAGAUUAUGAAAAGAAAAAAUCAGUACCAAGUUUUGUAGACCGGAUUUUUGGUGGUGAACUAACUAGUACAAUCAUGUGUGAUGAAUGCAGAAGUGUCUCCUUGGUUCAUGAAUCUUUCCUUGAUUUGUCUCUACCAGUUCUAGAUGAUCAGAGUGGUAAGAAAAGUACAUAUGAUAAAAAUCUGAAAAAGGCAAUGGAGGAAGAAGAUAAAGACAGUGAGGAUGAAAAAGAUACUGAUAGUUAUAUAAAAGAGAGAAAUGAUACUCCUUCAGGACCAAGCAAACAUUUACAGAAAAAAGCAAAGAAACAAGCCAAAAAGCUAGCCAAGAAUCAACGAAGGCAACAAAAAAUUCAAGGCAAAGUUCUUCAUUUAAAUGAUAUAUGUACCAUUGAUAAUCCUGAAUAUGAGGAGUGUGACAUUCCAGUGUCACUUCAGGAAGAUGGGGAUAUUCAAUCAAACUAUAUUUUACAAGAGGAAGUUCUAAGUAAGGAGUACUGUAGUGAUGAUCCGAAAGAUGUGAACAACCAAGAAAAAAUGAUAGAAAGUAUUCCUGACAUUCAAAAUUCUGUAGAGGAAGAAGAUAAGAAAAAUGCCCUCGUGGAUACUGAUCUGGAGGCUUUGGCCUCUUCUCCUGAUGAAUGUACUAGGAACUUAAAUGAGGCCUUCCUGGAAGAUGUGAGCAACCAAGAGGUAGACCUUUCCUGCGAUUUUGAAAACCUCACCUUGAGCGUGGCUCAACCCGAUGAAAUAAAUGUGGAGAUCUUACAAGACACUCAGAUUGCUGGGACUGUGGGCUAUGAGGUUGUAAACGAAGACCCCGAGACCGCCUUCUGCACGCUUGCUGACAGGGAAGCUUGCAGUGCCGAGGAGUGCUCAGUCCAGCACUGUUUGUAUCAGUUUACUCGAAAUGAGAAACUCCGAGAUGCCAAUAAACUGCUGUGUGAAGUGUGUACCCGGAGGCAGUGGAAUGGACCCAAGGCCACUGGCAAAGGUGAAAGGAAGCACGUUUACACUAAUGCCAAAAAGCAGAUGCUUAUUUCUCUUGCUCCUCCUGUUCUCACUCUUCAUUUAAAGAGAUUUCAGCAGGCUGGUUUUAACCUACGCAAAGUUAACAGACACAUAAAAUUUCCAGAAAUCUUAGAUUUGGCUCCCUUUUGUACCCUAAAAUGUAAGAAUGUCGCUGAAGAAAACACAAGGGUUUUGUAUUCUUUGUAUGGAGUUGUGGAGCACAGUGGCACCAUGAGGUCGGGGCAUUAUACUGCCUAUGCUAAGGCAAGAGCUGCAAACAGUCAUCUGUCUAAUCUCGUCCUGCAUGGUGAUAUUCCACAAGAUUUAGAAAUGGAGUCAACCAAAGGGCAGUGGUUUCACGUCAGCGACACCCAUGUGCAAGCAGUGCCUACAGCUAAAGUACUGAACUCACAAGCAUACCUCCUCUUCUACGAGCGAAUUCUCUGAUAUUCAAAGUGCUUUCUCGGGGAAAUAAGUUCAUGGCUUUUAUAAUGACUGUAAUAAAGUAAGGAUUAACUAUAAAUCAUGUUCCCUUAAAAUUAAAUACGUGCCAGAAGAAAUUGUGUUUAUCCAAAUACUGA